AACAAUAAUUAACAUUUUUAAUUUGAGUCAGAAUGCAUAAAUAAAAAACUUCAGACACAUAAAAAAGAAAUUUAUCGAUAAAUAGAAAUGGGUUCGGUUUGGAAACGACUUCAGCGUGUGAAUAAAAGGGCUGCCAAAUUUCAGUUUACUGCAUCAUAUCAUCAAUUAGAUUUGGAAACUACUCCUAAAUGGCAACCAACAAAAUUAAGCGUAGUAAUGAGUCGAAGGUCACGUCGUAUUGCCAGUGAACCAAUGUUAUGGGAACCAGGUAGUUUACAAAAACCACUUGCAGGUUCCGUUGAAUGGGCUGUGCCAGACAAUCAUACAGUAUGCGUUACACUCUUUAAGGAUCCACGAACAAAUGAACUGGAAGAUAAAGAUUGGACAAUAAGUAUAGAGGAUGUGGCAACCAAUGGGAAACGAAGACAAUUAGCUGUAAGUUUGAUAAAUAUGCGAAAAUAUGCAAGUAUUGGUUCAUCACAACACGAAGUACAUCUGAAUUUUAAAACAACAACCAAGAAAAUUGUAUCGGCAUCAUUAGAUUUAACAUUAUCAUGUGUAUUUUUGCGAGAGGGUAAAGCUACUGACGAGGAUAUGCAAUCUGUGGCAUCAUUAAUGUCUGUAAAUAAUAAUACAGAUAUUGCACCACUAGAUGAUUUCGAAGAUGAUGAUCUAUCAACAAGUGAUAGUAAUUCACAAUCAAUGAAACAAAUGCACGAUUUAACUGAACAAAUGAAUUUAAUGACAAACAGUUUAUCAGGUUCAGCGUUUGCAAGUACACCAAUAAGUAUAACAAGUAUACCAUCAUCAUUUCAACAAAAUGAUGAUAUUGAUAUAACACCUACUGAUAAUGAGAAUCAUCAUAGUGCCAUAUUAUCAUCAUCAUCACCAGACAAUACGACUACACCGGAAUCACAACAGUCUCAACCACAAAUACAAAAUCAAACGGACGCCGAGAAAAUUUCUACAUCAACGCCAAUUAAAACUACUGAUAUUAUAACAAAUGAUAAACGUGAUACAAUUAAUCGUAAUAUACGAUUAAAUUUAGAGCCAUUAGAUUUUAAUAAAAUACAACAACAGAGUCAUGUGAAUAAUAAAAUGUUUAAAAGUAAUAUACAAAAGGAGACAACACCUGGACAAGAUUUAUUGGAAUGGUGUAAGGAUGUUACAAAAGAUUAUAAUGGAGUGAAAUUGACCAAUUUAACGACUAGUUGGCGUAAUGGUUUGGCGUUUUGUGCAAUUAUACAUCAUUUUCGUCCAGAUUUGUUAGACUACGAUACAUUAGUAGCACAUGAUGUUAAAGGUAAUUGCAAAAAAGCCUUUGAUGCUGGAGAAGGUCUUGGAAUUCCACGUGUUAUUGAACCAGCUGAUAUGGAUCUUUUAGCAGUGCCAGAUAAAUUAGCUGUAAUGACAUAUUUGUAUCAACUACGUGCACAUUUUACUGGACAUGAACUAGAAGUUCAUCAAAUAGGUAAAACGACAGAUGAAUCGAGUUACAUGAUUGGUAGAUUUAACACAGAUACUGAUACCGAUGUUAGUGUACAAUUAUUUGGUCAAGAAAUUGUUGACUUACGAAAUAAUAAAAAGAAGAUAACAAAUAAUACUCAAGAAAACGAUCAGUUAUCGAAUAGUUUAGAUACAGCUGAUAAUAAUUCAUCAAAAAUACAUAAUUUAACAUCAAAAUUCCGUUUACCAUUAACGAAUAUAACCAGUACAACGGCACCAGUGGUAUCAACAAAUGAAAAUGAAAAUACUCAACCAAAGUCGCCAACAGUGAAAGAUGUUAAGGAUAUAAUUGUACAAAGUUCAAAGAAUAUACUAGGGAAAGUAUUAUCACCAACCAAAGAUAAAUUAUUACAAAAACGUGAUUCAAUUCCAAAAGUUGAUAAUAAAAAUCGUCCAAUUUUAAUGACACGACGUCAAUUAACUGAUCCAUUUGGUUCGGACGAAGAAGAAGAUGAAUGUUUAGAAAUACAAAGUUAUGGUGAUCAAAAAAUUAUAACAACUACCACAACCACCACCAAAGUUCCUAAUUAUAAUAAUGAAAAUAAUAAAGUGAUAACAAGUGAUGUGGAUAAUCGAACUGCUCCGAUAAAUAAUAUUACAGAAAAUAAUAGUAGUAGUUCACCAGUGUCCAAUUUGCCAAAGAAUCACAUAUUAACUCGACAUGAUGAACUACGGGAAAGAGCCCGUCAAUUAUUGGAACAAGCAAGACGGGAAGCUGCUGCAAGGGGAAAUAACGGCAUUAUACAGUCAAACAUUUCUCCUGAUGCAAAGACUGAAGAAGAGAGACAGCAACAACUUCGAGAACGAGCUCGAAAAUUAAUUGCUGAAGCACGUAUGAGUAAUGGUGGCGUUACAACAGUCAUUGGACCUGAUGAACUAACAAAAAUUAAUAUUGAACGAUCGUCGAGAGCAUCGUUAAGUCCUAAACGUAGCACGCCAUCACCGACAAUAGAAACAAAUGGUAAUAUAUUUACCAAAAGUAUACCAUCACCAGGUGAAAAUGAAAUUAAGAAGAAUUCACCACUCCAUUCGUUUACAUCUUUAAUGGAAAAAAUUAGUCCGGAAAAAUCUCCUGACGGAAUCAGUUCAAAAGGAAGUGUGCGAAGAGAUGUUACUAACUACAUUCAAAAUGAAUUAGAAGCUUUAGAACGUGAACAGUCAGCAAUUGAUGAACAAGCGGCUGUUUUAGAGAAACAAUUACGUGCUGUGAUGGAAAAUCCUGGUUCUGAUAGUAUAGAACAACAUGAAUCGGAAGAUUCUCUAAUGGCUAAAUGGUUUACAUUAGUCAAUAAGAAAAAUGCAUUACUUAGAAGACAAAUGCAGUUAAAUAUAUUAGAAAAAGAAGAUGAUCUAGAAAGUCGAUUUAAAUUAUUAAAUCGUGAGCUACGUUCAAUAUUGGCAAUCGAAGAUUGGCGUAAGACUGAUGAACAACGAACACGGGAAACUUUAUUAUUAGAAGAAUUGGUCCAAAUAGUUAAUAAACGUGAUGAAUUGGUGCACCACCUGGAUUCACAAGAAAAGGCUUUAGAAGAUGAUAACUUAAUUGAACAUGAUUUAUCAAAAGUUGAAAUUCAACGUAAAAAUAAUUGUUCGAUCCAAUAAAAAAGAAAAGGAGGGUAAUUCUCAACAAUUCAAAAAAGUAUUAAGGUUAUUUGUAUUAAAGACGUCAACAGUGGUAACAGAAGUGUAAUUAUGGUCGUCAAAUAUGUACUGACAAACAAAUAAAGAAUGUUUUUAUUUAUUUUUGAUGUUCAUUAGACAAUUAAAGCAUAGUAAUAUUUUAAAAAAACAAUUCAUUUUUAAAUCUUUACAAGUACCUUGAAUGGUAUUCUACGAUAUAUCAAACUAAUUAUAGAACUAUAUGUAAUACCAUCAUCAUUUUUACUACAUUUUCACAAUACCCUUAAAUGAUUCAAGGGUCUAUCCAUAAAAAUUGUUGUUGUUUUCAUUCGAUAAAUAUAUUUGAUCUCUUAAGUUUAAGUUCAACGAUGUCUUUAAAUUGAAAGUCACUUUAAUUCUUUUGCAAAUUAUAUCAAAUUAACAAAGAAUUUUAAAGAAAAUGGAAAAAAAUUUGACACUUUAUCUUUGCUGAAGACGACAACCAAACACAAAAGACAACCAUGCAUAAGGCAUCUUCUUCAGACAUUUAGCAUCUCAUAUAUCUACAAUUUAUUUUUUCAUAAACUCGAUAUGCGGAGUGCCAAAUGUCUGGAGAAAGGGAAUUAAUUAUAUAAUAAAAAUAAACAAUUUAUUGAAAAGUUAAUAAGCACAUUUUUAUAGGUAGACCUGUGGCAUUUUGGUAAACAUUGAUCGCAAAUCAUUUCACCAUGGAAUAUGUAUCUCUAUGGAAUAUGUAUUUAUAAAUAAAUACUUAAUAACCAUAAACAUUGUUUAUCCCUUCUUAGAGAAUAAAAACAUUAUUAUUCAAAUGGUCCAAUAGAUAAGAAUCAUUAAACAUAAU